GUUGUCAAAUAUUUCUGUUGAUUAUAUUAGACACAUUUUAAUAGUUCAGAUUGUUAUACACCUUACAACUAGCGAGAGCAUACAAAUAAUUUUAUAAAAAUAUUUCGAUUUCCUUUUGAUCGCUAGCCAAAGCAUCGUAAAGCGUAAAUUUCUUGUACAUAUUUAGAAGUUAAUCACAAAAAAAAACCCAAUCACACUUAUUCGCUAUGAAUCCAUCAAACUUGGGCAAACAGAAUGGGGCUUUAGUAUUAGAGGUACUACAGGUGCUUGGUCGCCCGGCCACCAUUGAGGAGGUGUCUCAGCGUGUGGCCAAUAUAUAUAAAGUGGCCCGUAAACGCAUUCAGCCCGUUGUUGGAGAUAUUCUGACGGCUGGUGUGCAUCAAGGCUUCUUUAGUUGCCGCAAUUACGAAUAUUCUAUCAUUCAGCCAACCAUUGAUCAACUGCGCCAAGAUAUUGACAAGUAUGUGGAUGAAAUGUUAUCGCUGGACUGCACAGAUGAGAAAUUGUUGCCGCAGCCAUCACCGUUGAUGAUCAAGCUGGAGCAAUUGGACGGCUCACCGCCAUUAACGCCGUCGUUCGUUCUGUCGCCUUCGCCAUCAAGCGGGGAGCUGCGCGAACGAACGCCACCCGGAGAUGCAUCGUCGGCGGUUGCUACGUAUUGAUUGAUCCCAUGAUUGACACUGCUGCCCUUUUGACUAGUUUUUUCUAUGUAUUAUUCAAGAUAUAUCUGUUUUUAAGUGUAAAUUUGACAGCACAUCGGGAAAGCUACACAACAAGUGCAGUGGAGUUCAGCUCAGUGCAAUAAACCUGCGUCCAGGGCAGUCCAGUAUACGCA